GCGUCGUACAUCAUUUCGAUUCAGUUCCGAAGUUGAGUCUAAGUCGGUGUGUUUUUGUUUACGUUAUAAUUUAAUAACUUAGAAAAAACUUUUUACCAUCGUCUUUUUAAAACAAAUAAAUUAAAUAACGUCUCUGAUACACGUGUUGUGCGCCACUGUGAUACAUUGUGCUAGUGUUAAUUAGUCAUCUCUGACAAAGUUUUGUUUUUUUUUGUGAUUGUGAAUUUAGAAUAAUAUGAAAAAUAUAAUUUAGUGCGAUGAUCCCAGAGAUGACGUCAGCGGGUACGAGCGUCGCUAUUGGCCCAUCGUGACGCAGCCGCAUCGUGAUUGGUGCGCCGUGACGUCAGCGCGCGUGUGAUUGGUGGCGCGGGACGUCACCGCGCGCUGAUUGGUGCAAAAUGUCCGGAUUGCAGGCGAGGACCGAGGAGACGAUCAACGGCGUUGAUGUUAGAGAGCAGGGCAGCGCUUUGAGGGUUGCUACAAACACACCGCAUCUCGUGAGCUUGGGCACCGGCAGGCUCAGCACCGCCGUCACUCUUCAUCCAAUUAAACAAGGUCGCGUGACAGUGGGCUCGGACCCGACAUGCGACAUAUACGUGGUCGGUGGCGGGGUGGCGAGCGUGCACUGCCGCGUGGAGAACUCUCACGGCGUGGUGACGCUGUACCCGCUCAGCGGCAGCACGCUCAUCGACGGGCUGCCGGUCGAGAAGCCCACCAGGCUCUCGCAAGGUAGCAUGCUGACGAUAGGCCGGUCGAACUACCUCCGUUUCAACCACCCGGCGGAGGCGAUGCUGAUGAAGUCGGUGCUGCCGUCGGGCCACAUGCCCAUCAUGCAGUACCAGAAUGAUGAAUGCUUGCCACUUGGCUACACAAACCAUCACGAGAACCAACGUUACCAAAACAACUACAAAGAAACGCUUACACCACUCGACAACGAACUUGACGCGACGCUCAAAGAAAUAUCCAGAAAGAAACCGCCAGUCGCUCCCAAAAAACCUCUAAGAGAUCUAGAAUCAGACUCGAAUUCAGACCAAGAGACAAAGCCUAAAAUAUCCAGUAUUAUGUCGAAGGUGUCCAAAUUCGAAUACUAUGCGAAACAGCAGAAAAUCGGCCGUAGCCAAUUCUACACGUCUAAUGAAAUCGAAAUAUCACCGAAAGUGUUCAGUGCUAACUCAUUGACGGUCAACACGCCGGCAAAAGAUGUUCUAGGCGGUAAAACGAUACCCAACUACAUGAGGAAAGAUCAGAAAAAUGUCAUAAUUAAUGAUAACAAUUCUGUAGAAGGUAAAAACACUUCGUACGCAAACGUUACUGUGAGAAAUAAGUCUAGAAUCGACGAGAUCGUGAAAAAUUUCGAUGAUAAAUCAAGCGAUGAUGCGUAUGGGAAGAUCAAUGAUGAUGAUAAGGGACAGUAUGGGAGGAUCGGGAAAGUGUUGUCCAAGCCGUCUCCAGCGUUCGACAGGAAUCCACAGUAUUCGCCGGUGUACGCGAAUAAUUACGACCGGAGCGUUGAAGCGGAGAGCAGAAGGAUUAAGGCUUACCAGGAGCGGAUAAAAGAGGAGGAGCAGAAGGAAGCGGAGACGGCGCGGCUCGAGGAGAUUCUCAACAUGUGCGCGGAGUACGAGCGGCAGAUCUCCUCGGGGGUCCCAAUCACUCCCACAGAGAAGAGGCCGCACAACAAAAUCAUUACCAACGGCUCGCUGCCGCGGAGCGUCGCUCUCAACAACCCGAACUUCGUGCAGACCAGCGACGGGUACUAUAAGUUCGAAACUAGUCAUAACCGUAACAAUGCGAGUAAACCGCUACCCAUACAGAGGAAUCUGUCGAGCUACGAGAACUUCGACACAUCCUGCUCGCCCACACCCAUAGAGCAACUCACCCCCGAAGUCACUAUCCCCAUACAGAACUACGAGAACGUGGGCCGAAUGGACGAAAUAGGCAUACCGGUGUUCGACGAGCCACAAAACGUAUCUAGUCCAAUUAUGAUAAGGAAAAACCAAAGUGAUAAUCGUAUACUCACGUCGCCAAUCGGCAGUCCGUACGAGAACGUGUAUUUUAAUAGAAAUAACGUGUACGCGAAUUUGAAACCUAAGUCACCGAACACACAGAGUCCUAGGACGAGGAUAAAGACGAGUUUCGCGCACAAGAACCUUCCGUCGCCGCAGUAUUUCAUAUUUCCGACGCCGCCGCCUGUCGAUAAUUCGAAUAAGCCGAAUUUCGAGAAUGGGAAGCCGAAAGUCGACGGAAUAGAGAAACAAUUGAGUUUGGAAGAAGAGAUACCUAUGAUUGACGAUGCAGCGCAACCCAACGAUAUAGAAUUACGAUAUUCAAGAAUAAUAGACAAAGACGACAAGGAAGAGGUGGCAGAGAAAUCUCCAGAAAUACCUAUAGAAAAGAAUCAAAGUUUUGAUGAUGUGAAAAAAGAACUGAUGGCAGACAUUCCAGAGUUGGAGGAAUUCGAGAAGGAUCUACAAAAGAAUAAAAGAGAUAAGAUAAUAAAGAACAUAACCGAAGAUAUGAAGAAAAUUGAUAUAGAAGCGGAUUCCAUGGACAGUACAGUGUUGGAUGAAAAUGUAGACGAAUUGAAAUCUAAGUACGAGAAACUGAAGGAAGAUAGAAAGAAAUUGGUGACAGAGAUUCACGAUAUUAAAAAUAAGAUGUCGGAGAUUCGGUCGCAAGAGGACGACGUGUUGAGAGAGUUGGAAAUGGAAAAAGCUCUAAUCAAAGGUGAAUACGAUUCUGAGAUAGCCAUUCUGAACAUAGAACAGAAGAAAAAAGCAGAUCUGGUAGAUAAAGCUAAGAAAAUCGAAGAAGAGAUCAAAUUGUUGAAGGAGAAGCAAGAGUCGCGGCAGAAUGAGAUGCGAGACCGAGUGGAGAUCGCGACGAUGAAGGCAGAAAGGAUAGAGAAAGACCUCAAGAACAACGCCGCGACGCUGGAAGAGUUGCAAAACGCGCAAGACAUCCUCGACAACGAGACCAAGAUCUUCGAAGACCUCGAGUUCCAGCACUUAGAGGAAGAGUCGGAAUUACUAUCCAAUAGGGAAGACAUACAGAACGAAAUAAUACUGCUAACGAAGAAAAUAGAAGCACAGAAGACCAGGAUACUGACGCUGAAGUCGGAAGCCAACAGUAAUCUGACGUCAGCACUCGACGAAACCAAAGUAUUACAUGCAGAAUACGUCAGAUUACUGAACCAAGUCGAAGAACUGACGGGUAAAGUGCAAGCAAUAGAGAAAGAACUCAAACCAAUUGUCACAAAACUAAACGAGAUAGAAAGAACACAGUCACCAGACAGCGCUUUCUACACAGACCAAACCAGAGCGAAGUCAGGGGAGUUUGGUUAUUCGCCACAGAGUUCGGACAGUGAUGACAUAGAUCUCAAGAUAACCAGCUUCGAAGAUCACUCCAAACAGAUCAAAGACAAAUUCAAUUCCAUAGACCAAAUGUCGCAGUCAAUGACUGUCGACUUAGAGCGAAGAGUGGCCGACGAAGACGAUAUAAGGUACAGCGAAAGUCCGUCUAAAUCUUCGACUUCUUCGAAAGAGAAGAAAGGAUUUUGGGAGAGGAAUUUCGAUUCGCUGAAACGUAAAAACAAAAAGCCGAAGUCGCCCGACAAAGUCGACGUUAUGUCGCAGAGUUUGAACGAGAACUUUUUCUACAACAACGACAAUAUCGAAUCGGACUUCGACAGGUUUAACAGUCUCAGACAUUCCAAGAAGAAGGAUAAGAAAGAAGUGGGACCAGUGAAAAGCAGUUCUUCGUCCAAAAUACCAACUUUUGCCGCGUUAGGAAAGAUUAUGAAGAAAGAUUCGUUCGGAAAGAAGACCAAAGAGAUAUCAUUCAAAAACGACGAUAGCGAAUCGAAGAUCAGAUACAUCAAGAACGCAAAACCGACUAACGCUGAAAACAAAUAUGUUAAAGCAAAGUCGCUAUCACCCGACAAAGUUAAGGACGAAGGAACGAUCGCUGAGGAAACAGUCGAGGAAAUGGCAUCUCAAAAAAGUCGGGUUACGUUCGAAAGCGACAACGUUCAAGCGGCUAAGAUACUCCACAGGAAAAGUUGUGGAGACGAGCCUAAUGUCAAACCUGAAGGAGCGAGGAUGUCGGAUUCUGGGAAGAUUCCUUCCCAAGAUGAUAUAGACAGGAUAUCUAAGGUGACAAUAGACGCGCCGAUUCUGCCAACUGACGCAGACAUGAACUCACUAGGGAAGAGAACCUUGGACAGUUUGAUGGAGAUAGAGAGGAAGAGAUUGGAGAUGUUAGAGGAGCAAGGUUGUCAAGUAAUAGAAAAUGAAAGGGAGAAAAUCUCAGAACUGAAACGUCGCGCGCAAGACGAAACGAAGAAACUGUGGGACCAGAAGUACAAAGAGAAGUCGGUCGAGAGCGAAAUUGGUGUGCCAGUCGAGUCCGAACGAAGGAAGGACGAUUAUGACCGAAGAAAGGACGAGUACGACCGACGAAAGGAUGAUUACGACCGAAGGAAGGACGAGUACGAGCGGUCGAACGACAAGAUGAUCACCAGCUUGAUGGAAGACUCCAGUGUUAUGGACGAUAGUUUUAUGGCGAAUUCUACUGCUUUUGAAGAGAGUUCGGGGCUUAUGUCAUCGUCCAUAGAAGAGUUGCAAGUGCGGAACUCCCGCACGGAGUCCACUGAGGAGGACAAGCGUAGUGACGACAGCCGCCCGCUCAGCCACGCCUCCGACUUCAGCAGGGAUAAUAUCUUGUCGCUGAGCAACGCGCCGCGCCGCAGCCGCCGCGGCAUCGCGCCGUGCAGCGAGGCGCAGCGGCCGCUCACGCGGUACCUGCCCGUCGAUAGAGACGACUUCGACCUCAGGCGGCACGUCGAGUCCGCCGGUCACCAGAUCGAGGUGUGCCCGUACGUGUCGGUGACGUCGACGUCGUGCCGCGGCUACCUGCACAAGCUCGGCGCCAAGUUCCACACAUGGUCCAAACGGUGGUUCGUUUUCGACAGAGAGACGAAAACGUUCGUCUACUACUGGGACAAGAGUGAGAAGAAACCGCGGGGCGGGGCGUACUUCCAGGUAAUCGAAGAGGUAUACCUAGACCACGGCAACACGUCAAAGUCACCAAACCCGCAGACCACGUUCAUAGUGAAGACGCGUCAGAGGCGGUACUACCUGAUGGCGCCGUCGGGAGAGGCCGCACGCAUCUGGAUCGACGUCAUCUUCACCGGCGCGCAGGGUUAUACCGAGUAUCUCGAAUGACAGCUGUCAGAUUUGACACCUGUCAAUCUGUAGGCGCGCCGGUGGCUGUGGGGAAUGCCGAGUAUUGACAUUUUUGGAUGUGAUAAAUAGUUGGGUCGCUAGUGACGUUCCUGUGUGGCAAAUUUUCAUAUUGGUCACUAGUGAUGUUAGUAGGACAAUAGAGAUGUCGGUAGUGACGGUUGUGUGGGAAUUUUAAAGUAACACAGAUUUUAGAUUUCUGUGAACGUAUUGUCACAACGAUGUGUAGUUAAUGUCAUUUUUGACGUAAUACAUGUCAGAUGAAAACCGCAAUUAAUGCAUUUACGCUCCGUGCCGGGUUGAUUUUCAGUGAUGAAUGUUGUGUGUAGUGUGUAAUGACAGCUGUCAAUUUUGACAGGUGUCAGCUAGUGUGAUCAUGUGUCAAAAGUGAUUGUUACUUUUUAUUGUGUAGCGCUGAAAUGUUUUCUUUUCAGUGAUAUGCAUGUAGGAUAGGAUAUUUUGGAGUUUAUCUAGAACUCUAGAUUUUCUAAGAUUUAAGAAUUCUGGCGCGUAGCCAUGAAUAUUCUGGAAUAUUCUUGAGAACUUAAAUUGAAUGAGGAUGUAACUAUCUUGUUUCCCUUUCGCUUCCUACAUAAUGUGUGGCAAUUUUUGGAGGGGAAAAAGAUAAGAAUAUUAUCUUCGUAUUAUAUAAAAAUAUAUACACAGUAUUCUAUAACAUGUAAUUAAAAUUCUUAGCCAAAACGUAAUUUAUUGAAAAUGAAAUUUAUAAACACCAAUAGCUUUUAACAACUGUGCCAAUUAUUGUACAAAAGUGUGGGGCAACUAUUUUUAUAUACAUUUAUAAUUCUAUUAGAUGUAAUCGGUGCCUUCUUUAAGACUGAAUUUACAGAAAAUUUUAACCAGAUACGGAAAGGGACGUGAUAUUUUUAAUAUUUCAAAAUGUACACGUUUUUACAAUUCCGUCUUUUUAAUAAAUAUAUUCAUUGAAAUCAACAGGUGUGAAAAUAUGCAAUUCAUGUCCCUUUCAUAUAUGAAUAUUUUAACAAAGUCUUACCACAUUUAAUACAAUAUAUUUAUGAAUGAGUGAUGUAACUAUAAAUUUUAAUAAAUGUAUUUUUAAGAAGUGAAAUGAUUUUAAGAUAUUCCCAAAAUAUGUUUAAAAUAAAAUGAUGUUAUGUCACUGUUAAAAUAAACAUUCUGUAUGUUUAAUAACAAUAUAAUAUUUUAUUAUAAUUAUACAGACACCGUAAUACAAAUGAAUUUAGAUUUUAAAUCUUACGCGUUUUGGCAAAAUCUCGAAAUGUAUGUUUUGUUAAAAAUAUGGCAAAUUUAAAUUAAAGCUUUUAUUUUUAAAAAAUAAAUUAUUUGUUGAAGUGUUUUAUCAUGGCUGAAUGAUUUAAUUCCUUUAACUUUUGGCAGCUAUUUUACCGGACCAGAGUAAAUGGCUCUUUUUACUAAAAUAUACAUUUUGCGAUUACCAUGUAUUAUUUUAAUUAUAAAGUUCGCUAAAUUAUUUAUAUAUGCACGCUUAUUAAUGUUACCAUUUUAGUAUAUUCGGUUUUAGCAUGGCAACUAUACAUUGUCGCAUGAGUACAUUCGAGUACAGAUUAUAAAAAUUAAGUAGUCGAAAAUUGUGAAGAUAUGAUACCUAUAGUAUUUAAUUUUGUUCCGCAUCCGCUUUUAAGAGAUUUACUCUAAUCAAGGCAUGAAGCUAUUAUCAGAACGCUGUUUCUAUUUUUUACAGAAAAUUUAUUGUCUGUAACAAUCUUUGAAUUUAAAAAUCUAUUAUUUUUGCACGUAGAUAAUGUCACUACAUCAAAUUUUCCAAGUACAAACCAUCAUGUAAAUACUUAUAUUUGAAAGUAUUUUGUCUCGCAGGCUAGUGAUGUGGCAAAGGUCUUCGAAAUAUUUAGUUAUUACCAAGCAUGUGUAACAUAUUUUAAGUACAAAUCGUGAUUAUUUUAAUACCAGUGUAUAAAUCAUUUAGCAUUGUAAUGGUAGGCGUAAAUGGCUAAUACCAAUUUUAUUUUAGUGUAAGGUCACAUUAUUAUUAACCACGAGAUAAUAAAGCGUAUAAUAUAAA